AAAAUCUUCAAAAUUCCGGCUUCUUCUUCGUUUACGCCACGCCUCGUCUCAUCGUCGUUAAAUUCAUUCAUUCAUUCCUCUGUCAUCUCCAUAAUCAAUCAAAAAUCUCUAUCCAUGUUUGCUCAUCUUCCCCAUACCGUUUUCUCUCUUCCAUUACAAUCGAAACCCUCUUCCACCCAUCAUCAACAAAUGGCUGCCGUCUGUGUACACUGCUCCAGAACCGAUAUGGACCAACUUUCUCGUGACCCUAAUCCUAAUAACAACAACGCAUCUCAAUUCUACUCUCACGUCAAAUACUGCCGACCCAAUUUCUCCGAUCUGAUUUCCUGUCAAGAACCCAUCAAACAGGAGGAGGAUCUUUGGCUAAGAAUGAGGCUUGAAGCUGAAAACAACGUUCACCAGGAACCAAUUCUCUCAAGCUAUUACAUCGGUUCAAUUCUAUCUCACACUUCCUUAGAAAAAGCUCUAGCAAAUCAUCUAGCUAUCAAAUUCUGUGAUUCAAGCCUUUCAAUCGCUACCCUCUACGACGUUUUCCUCAAAGUCCUACUCGACGACGAAGAAAUAAUGGGAGCCGUGAGAGAUGAUUUAAGGGCUGUUAAAGAAAGGGACCCAGCUUGUAUAAGUUACGUUCACUGUUUCCUAAACUUCAAAGGUUUCUUAGCAAUUGAAGCUCAUAGAAUUGGUCAUAGACUGUGGUCACAAGGGAGAAAGGUAUUAGCCCUUCUUAUACAGAACAAAAUAUCAGAGGUGUUUGCUGUUGAUAUCCAUCCAGGUGCUAGGAUUGGAAGAGGGAUAUUGCUGGAUCAUGCGACCGGAGUGGUGAUUGGAGAGACUGCGGUUAUAGGUAAUAACGUGUCGAUUCUGCAUAAUGUGACUUUGGGAGGGACAGGGAAGAAGAGUGGAGAUAGACAUCCGAAGAUUGGAGAUGGGGUUUUGAUUGGAGCAGGGACUUGUGUUUUAGGGAAUGUUAGAGUUGGAGAUGGAGCUAAAAUUGGAGCUGGUUCAGUUGUUUUGAAGGAAGUUCCUCCAAGUACUACUGCUGUUGGGAAUCCAGCUAGGUUAGUUGGAGGGAAGGAGAAUCCUAUCAAGCUUGAUAAGAUUCCUAGUUUUACUAUGGAUCAAACCUCUCAUAUUUCUGAUUGGUCUGAUUAUGUCAUUUAGGGUUUAUAUUUAGAUUUGGAUUUGGAUUUGAACUUCUUUUCUUCAGCAUAUACCCUGCUUUGCUUGAUUAAUUGUAUGUCUAAGUAAGUGUACCUGAGAAAGAGAACUUAAGUUCUCAUUCUACUUUCAUUAUCAUUAUUAUUAUACCAGAAAAGAAACAUGGCUUCUUUUGGCCGCUGUUGCUGUUGUUGUUUGUUUUAUGGUUUAUUAGCAUCUGGGUUUGGGGUUA